CCUCACCAGCCGGGCCAGCCCUUCAAGUUCACUGUGUCAGAGUCAUGUGACCGCAUCAAGGAGGAGUUUCAGUUCCUACAGGCUCAGUUUCACAGUCUGAAACUGGAGUGUGAGAAACUGUCCAGUGAGAAGACAGAGAUGCAGAGACACUAUGUUAUGUACUAUGAGAUGUCUUAUGGACUCAACAUUGAGAUGCACAAACAGGCGGAGAUGGUGAAACGACUGAACACUAUCUGUGCCCAAGUCAUCCCCUUCCUUUCACUAGAGCAUCAGCAGCAGGUAGUCCAGGCGGUGGAAAGAGCUAAACAGGUCACCAUGUCUGAACUCAACUCUAUCAUCGGGCAGCAGCAGCUCCAUGCCCAGCACCUAUGCCAUGGCCCUGCCCUCCCGGUGCCCCUCACCACCCAACCUUCUGGGCAUCAACCCCCUCAACCCGCCCUGCCCACCGCAGGAAGCAGCAGCCUCCUCGCCCUCUCCUCCGCCCUCGCUGCCCAUCAGAUGCCCCUAAAGGAGGACAAAAAACAAAAGGACAACAACACCGACAGAGAAAGAGACUCAGUCAAGAGUCCGCCUGUGUCCCCCUCCUCCAGUUUCCGAGCAGUAGAGAAGCACAGGAGUUCAGGUGACUCCUCAGACAGCAAGAAACAGAAAAUGGCUGAAAAGGAGCUGAGCGCCACACGCAACGACAGCGACGGGGAGAAGAGUGAUGACAGCCUAGUGGUGGAUGUCUCUAAUGAGGAUCCUGCCUCUCCUAGAGGAAGCCCCACUCACUCCCCUCGUGAGAACCGAUUGGAUAAGAGCCGUCUGCUGAAGAAGGAAGUCCUUCCCCUCAGCCCCGCCUCUAUGGCCUCGUCUAGUAGUACGCCCUCCAGCAAGUCCAAAGACCUCAUCAUGAAUGAGAAGUCCAGCACCCUGACCCCCACCCCCAGCAGCACCUCGACCCCCACCCCCAGGAGCACCUCGACCCCCGGUCUGAGAGGGAAAAUGUCAGGACUAGAGGGUGAGACACACUGAUGACUUUAAACACGUGUUUACAUUCUUUACAUUUCAUUGAACCUUCUUUUAACCUUUUUAACCAGACAGGUCAGUUGAACCUUCCUUUAACCAGACAGGUCAGUUGAACCUUCCUUUAACCAGACAGGUCAGUUGAACCUUCCUUUAA